GCUGUGUGCCCUGGAGACUGAAUCACUGAGUGACCAUGGAUGGCUUUCUGAAGAUUAUCCUUACACUUGGGGUGAGCUCAGUGGUAACCGCUGCUUAUCUACCCACAAUUCCUGAGACUAAUCAGAACAUAUCAGCCCUGGCAAUAACCUGUACUGACUACUACAACAAUGGAUCCAGUGAGGACUCAAUCUUCCAGCUAGAUGGCACCGAACAUGGGACAUUAAUAGACAAAGAUCCGACCUUCCAACAGCUCACUUUCAUAAUAAAGGAGACACGGUGUAAGAAAUCAGAGGAAAACAUCAACAAGCCGUGUGCUUUCAAAGAGGACGGAGUGGUAAAGCAGUGCACAGCAUCCAUUUUCCCUGGAGACGGAGACAGGAAAAUUCUCGUUACCUGCGACACUUUGUAUCAAAACGACAAAGAUCCGACCUUCCAACAGCUCACUUUCAUAAUAAAGGAGACACGGUGUAAGAAAUCAGAGGAAAACAUCAACAAGCCGUGUGCUUUCAAAGAGGACGGAGUGGUAAAGCAGUGCACAGCAUCCAUUUUCCCUGGAGACGGAGACAGGAAAAUUCUUGUUACCUGCGACACUUUGUAUCAAAACAAUAAGAAGAAAAGAGAAGAGAGUAGAGCUGCUGGAUGCAGGUGUUUCUGUUGUUUUCCUGACCGAAAUAAUGUUUGUCGCAGGAGAGUAGGGUGCAACAAUGUAAUUGGAAGAAAAGAAGAUUUCACUCUAGCAAUUCAUUAACGAGGAGAUCACGGGCAGAUCGCAAAAACAAUCUGCUUGUGUAACCAA